AUGGGAAUUAUUAGUGCUUUGCAGCUUUUCAGUCUGGUGCGCAGAAGAACACCGGACUUUACUGCAUCUUAUCUCAAGACAAUGUCGCGAAAAAUCCAUUCAAGCAGAGUGGAAGGAGUGGAUAAGAAUGUUUGGGUUGAAUUCACUCAACUCGCUGCAGACUACAAAGCGGUGAACCUUGGGCAGGGGUUCCCAGACUUCUCUCCUCCGAAGUUCAUCCAGGAGGCUUUCUGUUCCGCUGUGAUGGGAGGACCGGAAAUGCACCAAUACACUCGUGCCUUUGGACAUCCACAUCUGGUUAAAAGCCUUGCCACGUUUUUCACCAGGAUCGUGGGCCAUGAAAUCGAUCCUCUAGAAGACAUCCUGGUCACAGUCGGUGCUUAUCAGGCUCUGUUCUGUGCAUUUCAAGCACUGGUGGAUGAAGGGGAUGAAGUAAUAAUUGUCGAACCUUUCUUUGACUGCUAUCAGCCAAUGGUGCGCAUGGCUGGUGGAAAAGCUGUGUACGUCCCUCUGCGUCCUAGAAGUGAAAACAAAGCGGUUUUGUCCAGCGCAGACUGGGUCCUUUCGUCUGAAGAACUGGCGAGUAAAAUUACCCCACGUACUAAAGCAAUUGUUAUUAAUACGCCCAAUAAUCCUUUAGGCAAAGUUUAUAAGAAGGAGGAACUUCAGGAAAUUGCAGAUGUGUGUAUAAAAAAUGACCUUCUGUGCAUCAGUGACGAGGUCUACGAGUGGCUGACGUACGAUGGGGCUAAGCAUGUCAAGAUUGCGAGCCUCCCGGGAAUGUGGGAGAGAACCAUUACUGUUGGGAGCGCGGGGAAGACGUUCAGUGCGACUGGAUGGAAGGUCGGAUGGGCCAUCAGUUCAGACCACAUUAUCAAACACAUGAAAACAUUGCAUCAGAAUUCUGUUUAUCACUGUGCCACUGCUGCCCAGGAGGCUGUUGCUUGUGGGUUUGACAGAGAAUAUGAAGUCUUCGGGACUCCAGAGAGCUACUUUCAGCAACUGCCUGCGAUGCUGCACGACAAAAGAAAAAAGUUGUCCACGUGUCUUGAAAGUGUGGGUUUGAAGCCCAUCCUGCCAGAGGGAGGGUACUUCAUGGUGGCAGAUAUUUCUACUCUCGACCUAGACCUUAAGGAUCAAGGCUCAAAAGAGGAAGAAUAUGAUUUUAAAUUUGUCAAGUGGUUAAUCCGGGAAAAGGGUUUGGCCACUAUCCCAGUAUCUGCAUUUUACAGCCCAGAACAUCAAAAAGACUUCAAUAAAUAUAUACGGUUUUGUUUUGUGAAGGAGGACUCGACCUUAGAUGCAGCAGUAGAAAUAUUGAGAAAGUGGAGGCGGACCACGGCCUACACCUGGCUCCCAUGUCCAUCUGAGGGCGGACCACGGCCUACACCCGGCUCCCAUGUCCAUCUGAGGGGACCACGGCCUACACCUGGCUCCCAUGUCCAUCUGAGGAGACCACGGCCUACACCCAGCUCCCAUGUCCAUCUGAGGGCGGACCACGGCCUACACCCGCUCCCAUGUCCAUCUGAGGAGACCACGGCCUACACCCAGCUCCCAUGUCCAUCUGAGGGGACCACGGCCUACACCUGGCUCCCAUGUCCAUCUGAGGGGACCACGGCCUACACCUGGCUCCCAUGUCCAUCUGAGGGGACCACGGCCUACACCUGGCUCCCAUGUCCAUCUGAGGGGACCACGGCCUACACCUGGCUCCCAUGUCCAUCUGAGGGGACCACGGCCUACACCCGGCGGACCACGGCCUACACCCGGCUCCCAUGUCCAUCUGAGGGGACCACGGCCUACACCUGGCUCCCAUGUCCAUCUGAGGGGACCACGGCCUACACCUGGCUCCCAUGUCCAUCUGAGGAGACCACGGCCUACACCCAGCUCCCAUGUCCAUCUGAGGGGACCACGGCCUACACCCAGCUCCCAUGUCCAUCUGAGGGGACCACGGCCUACACCCAGCUCCCAUGUCCAUCUGAGGGGACCACGGCCUACACCUGGCUCCCAUGUCCAUCUGAGGGCGGACCACGGCCUACACCCAGCUCCCAUAUCCAUCUGAGGGUGGACUACGGCAUGGGCGAUGACCCUUGA